GCAGUAAUAAAAGAUAUAUUAGAUAAAGAAUACAUUUAUCACACCUAAAAGGUAGCAAUAAUUAAACUCAACACUUCAGGUUUUAUUGUAACUUAUAUAAGGAAUAUGUUUGAUUUAUUAAGUUCAGAAUGUGUUGAAGGAUAAAAGUAAAGACAUGUACGUUGACACACAUGUAAAGAACAAUUCUGAUGUGAUUCAAAAGUCAGACCGUUCAUCUAUAAAACAUAGCAAAUUACAGACGACAGAAAAUAUAGAAAUGGAUAAGCAUCAUGAUUACGAGGAGGUGGAGGUUAAAAAAGGGAGGAUUGAAUCCCCACAAACGAAAGACUCAUUGACCCGAGUAAAAUGUAUAUUAUGGAUAAUGGCAGUGGUUAUUAUAUUUAUCUUUGCUAUACUCAUAUAUUUGACAGUCAUCUUGUACCAACGGAAGAUUCCGAAUACGAUGUCUGCAUUCACAGUGAAUACACCUUACAGCUACCGUAGCCACAACGGAACAUCUAAGUUGACUUUCGCAAAGACAAUAUACCAAUACGGACAGGAUUUCGAUAUGGCUACUGGUACAUUCACAUGCUCCAUACCUGGUAUCUACCAUUUUUCUGUAACCAUGGUGAGGAAAGGACCAUUGAAAAUGAAUAGCACAAUACACUGUAAAAUCCACAGGAGGAAAUACAAAGAAGAUGAUAUAAGUAUUAUAAGAAUAGCGGAUACAGACUGCAGAUCUGUCUCUCAAACAUUUGUGACUUACCUUGACAUUAGAGACACAGUUUAUCUCGGAACUUGUCAUGAUGAAGAUACCUAUAUACAUUUGGAAUGGUGGUCCUCCUUUACUGGUUUUCUGCUCCAUCCAAACAAAACAUGAUUAAAUACAUCUUUUCAACAAUUGACGAUGGUUUAAUAGAAGUGGUUAUUUAAUUCUAUCCUCUAUCUUUUCGAAAUGUAACACGAUAAACCUUAAACUAAAUGAGCAUUUAUACUGAUCUAAACAGUAAGUCAUCUUAUUUUACAAUUAUGAUAGAAUUAACACAUGCACAUUACCAUGGUUCUAGGUUAUGGAAGACAGUUAAACAUCAGUAUGUUAAGUGACUUGUCUAGUUGAUAAGAACAUUAUUAAAAUAUUAAUGAUGUAGAAGAGACGACAAAUGUGUGUACAAAAUAUGCAAGCUCAUACAGCUUUCUUUGUUAAUAAGCAAAAUGGCAUAUUGUUUUAUUUUCUUGUGAGAGUUCAAUGUUAUUCUUGUCGUGCCAAUCACAUACACGUAUAUGUUUUAAUAAGAAAAUAACCACUGUAUUGCAUCUUGUUGCUUAUAGUUAGUUAUAGGUACUGUCCACAUAUUAACACUGCUCAAAAUUAAAAUCAUUUGCACUUUCUGCACGAAACACUCUACAAAGGAUUUUAUGUCGCUCUCCCAUGUGUGUUACCCUUAUUAUAUUGAUAUGACAGGAAUACCUGACAGAUUUAAGAAUCGGAUUAAAAUGGAUUGUGCAAGUAUUUAUAUCUUUGAAGAAACAAUUUUUCAUACAAUUGUAUUCCAAUCAACAAAAACGGUAGAUA